AGAUAUAUACAUAUGGCUAGCUUGAAUCAUGCUACCAACAGACGUGUUACAUUGAACCUCUAUAGGAACUUGAUGAGGAAGUGUAAUACAUUCGAUAGCAAUCCAAAGUUGAAGGCGCACUUUGUCACACCACCUACUCUGCGAUACCAACUGCCCACCUUCUUCCUACCAAGCGUCUCAUUCACACAGAACCUCAAAGUGUUGUUCAGACACUAUGUCAACUAUACCUACACCUCUCAGAACGUAAAGGAGGUCAAGGCUGGCACACUGCUCGUCUCUCAUCCAUCGCUUGGAUCAUCAUUCAGCCGCUCAGUGAUCCUGAUCACACACAGCAGCAACGAUAGACACUAUGGCUUCAUCAUCAAUCAGCCGAUCCCAACGUCAAACAUCAUCCGUCUGCUGCAAGAGUCGAUGGAUAGCACGGCGCACAUCAAGAACAACUCGUACUCGAAGAACCUGAUGCAGCACUUUAGAUUCUCGAUGAAGCGACCGUUGUCGCCCUUCACCAAGACGUCGUGGUUCCGCGGCGGACCCUGCUCGAUCGAGCAGCACGGCUUCUUUGCCAAGGGCAUGGAGGGUCUGCCGCAGGCUCAGGUCCUGCAUCAAUACGCCAACCUGCCUGGCGCCGAGACGGUUCGCGACGGACUGUAUCUCGGUGGCAAUUUCAAGGACAUUGGCGACAAGAUCAAAUCAAAGGAGAUUGCGACCGAGUCGCUCAUGAUGAUGAUCGGCUGUUCAGUGUGGCGCCCUGGUCAACUGCGCAAAGAGAUUGACGAGGGUGCGUGGUUCCAAGCCGACUGCACCAACCAGCAGUUCUUCAAAGUUGGCAAGGAUGAGAAGUAUUGGUUCGAGGCGCUCAAGUCCAUGGGAGGUGACUACAGAGACUUGAUCAAG